GGAACUGCAUGUGUUAUUCUGCCUUGUAUUGUACCUGUCUAUCUACAUAUGCGUUCUGCCGUGCAAUAUAUUAUUAUAUUGUACAGGCAUACGUGUUUUGCCGUGUAAUAUAUACCGGUAUGAUAGCGUUGACACAUGCUGCUAAGCCUAAUUCAUUAAAUUCUUGUCUACCAAGCCAGAGCAUCAGACGAUCACGAUCAUCAUCGGAUAAUAUAGGAUUAAUCACUCGAAAGGAACAUGGACCAAUGUGUUACCACAUCAUGAACAUAUUGGCUAUUACAGGCAUGCCCACGUCUAAGGAUUCAUUUCAUCAUGACUAAAACAAACGAUGACAUCGAGUUGGAUCUUUCAGAUGACCCAAUUUCUGAAGAUGAUGAAAGACUGUUGAAAGUGAUUAUCGUUGGGGACACAUCGGUCGGGAAAACUAUGUUGAGUGACCGGUAUAUCCAUGGCAAGUUUGGUAUUGGUCAACCUACUAUUGGUGCUGAAUUUGCUCUGAAACACGUGACUUCUCGGAAUAUGAAGGUGAAGCUCCAAUUAUGGUCCAUUUCAGGCUGUGAGAGAGUAAGAAAAAUGACAAGUUUAUACUACAAAAACGCAUCAGCUUGUGUCAUCUUAUUCGACAUCACGCAUCGUAGGACGUUCGAAAAUGUCGCUGUGUGGAAAGAUGAUAUCGACAGUAAAACUUCGUUAUCAAAUGGAAAACCAAUCCCGUGUCUUCUUCUUGCAAAUAAGACAGAUAAGCCAGAGCACGACAUAACAGAUGAGGAGAUCGAAGAAUUGUGUAUGAAAUACAAUUUCAUCGGAUGGAGGAAGAUUUCGGUCAGAGAAAAUACGAACAUAGAAGAAUCCAUGAACUUCCUGGUCGAGGAGACUUUAUUGCAUCUUCCUAUGUGACAAAGUGCUUUCAUCCGGAUGCCAUUUUUAGCAUCCAAGGGAAUAUGUCAUAUACAAGAAACUGUACUUAUUAUUUUCUAUUGUAAUGCAUGAAUUCAACCUUCAUCAUGUUCAUUUUCAAGGCUGCAUGUGCUGUUCUUCAUUAAACUUUGUAAUAAUAGCAAGUCCUGCUUCAAUUUCAACUACCAUGGCAACAGUGAAAAUUCUGCGAUUUGAUUGGGUCUUUCAAUAAAAUGUGAUAUUCCAGAAAGAGUUGCUAUCAUUAUAGCAACUUUUGAUUAAACAGGGUACAGCAGAUUUUUAACCCCUUGGAAUCUAGCAACAUCAAUGGCAUAAUUUUCAAUAUCUUAAACAUUUUUGCUUGAAAUACAUUAACAUACAAGACCUAGAAAUGGAGGCUCUGGCAAGGACCCCAUUUUGUUCAGUGUUCCUGCAACGUUCCUUGCUCAUAGUAUAGUGUACAAUGAAAAAGCGAAAUGAGACGGAGGAGGAGUUCUAGUAGUAUAAGUUGUUAUUGAAAAUUCACUAUAUUUUGUUAAAUGAUCAAUAACAUUUACAUUCAGAAUCAUAUUUUUAUAUAAUAUAUAACAGAAUAACUUAAGAUAUUAUUGUAAAUAAACAACUUUAUAUAUAGAUUAUGAACUACUUAUUAUAACUGAAUCAUAUAUAGAUCUUAUUAGUUGUAACGUUAUUUUAAUGAAUUGUAUUGAAUGGAAUUUCAGAGGUUGUAUUUAUAUGUUCCGUAUCAGUGUGUGUCAAGUCUCUGUGUAUGAUUCAUCCACCCUUUGUUACUUAUAAUACAUACAUAGUUAUAUUUUAUAUAUUAAUAUAUUAAUGUCUAAAUUUGGCAGUGAUAAGGUGCAAAAAAAAUGGGGUGUUGGCAGAAUCAUAUUCUCCCGGAUCGUAUCAUUGUUCUUUUUUUUAUUUCAAGCACCCUAUAUUCCCGCACCCCUCCCACCGAUUAUGUCCAGCCCCAUCUUUGAAGUGGUUAGCAAUGUUCCCCAAAUGAUUUUAAGCCUGACAACUAGAAAUAAGUGACGACGGAUGGCAACCUAUAGUGCUUUAUAAACAAUUAUAUGAAGCCUAUAUAUUAUUAUUUAGUUGCAUAAUGUUGUACCCUGUCGUCAUACAAUGUUCAAUUGUUUUCAUGAUUUUUUCUAAUUCGCUCGGAACUGGAGACAGAAGGCAAAUGCCAUAGUUGUCUAGUUUACCUCUUCUGCCCCCGGCUAUACAAGGGAAAUACAUUCUUUCAGUUGUCAUGUUAUCUUUUUAUUAAUUUGAUUUGCUAGGUAAAAUUAAUGAAAAUAAUAAUGAUAAACGUAAUACUAAUGAGAACAAUAAUUAUAAUAAUAUAUCAUGUAGUUUAUAUCUUUGCUUACAGUGUACUGUGUAUUUCGCUUUAUUAUUUACAUCUCAUUUUAUAUAGUACCCAACUUACAAGCUUUACUUCUUAGGGGUUCUAAAGAAACCAUUCAUAAUUAUGAUCGUGUAUGUUUUGUAUCAUUUGAUCAUUGGUUUGUACUCAUAUAUUUUUUUGUUCUAAAAAACUAAACUUACACCCGAACUUAUUAUAAUUAUUAUUUAUAUCCAUCGACAUCUGUUUUAUUAUGUCUUUCAUGUACUUUUUAGUGAAUUAGAACUGAAAUGUUUUGAUAAGGGA